AUGGCGCCUCCACCUCCUUCAUCGCUACCACUGGGCGAGCGACUCAAGCAGCUUGCCCAGAGGCUACAAUUCGGCUGGUUUAUAGGCCACCUUACCCUCGUUCUGGCCGUCUUUCGCUAUCUCUUGUCCGCCCUCACUUUCAAUUCGACCUCGGGAAUGGCUCAGGCUUCAUACCGCUUUGCGUUCAUCGCUGCAGCAGCAACAUACGGAAUCGUGAUUUACAAGUCGCAUAUCGCUCGUGGUGAUUUGAGAGGAGGCGCACCUGCCAUUAUUAUGAAGUUGGCUGGUGACGAAAACAUGUUGUAUUUGCUCAUCGCUCUCGUUUGGCUGUACUCUCGCCAGAUCACCAUCGCUGUUCUUCCCUUUGGAAUCUACUCUUUCUUCCACGUGGCCACAUUCACCCGCAGCCAUCUAAUCCCGACAAUUCAGCCUCCAACGGAGGUGAAUGCAGAAGGCAGCUCGCAAUCCAGACAGGGAGCCAAGCAGUCACCCUUGUCGGAAAGCAUUGGCCACUUUAUCAAACGCUAUUACGAUUCUAGUAUGGCCUUGGUGGCAUCGCUCGAACUGGUCCUUCUUAUUCGGUUGAUUGGAACUGCCCUCACGUUCUCGAGUGGCAGCUGGGUCCUCCUUGUGUUGUAUUUCUCCUUCUUCCGUGCAAGAUACGCGGGAAGCAAGUACGUACAGGGAAUCGUCGCUCAUGCGAGUCAGAGAGUCGAGGUCGCCAUCUCACACCAAAACACCCCGCCUGCCGUGAGGCAAGGCUGGCAGGUCUUCAAGGACUUCGUCAGACGGGUAUACGAAGUCACUGACACGAGCCGCUACAUUGGAGGUCAAACCGGUCCUGGAGCCAAAAAGGCGCAGUAA